UGUCUGCCAUUUCAUUCGCACCCGCACACAGCCUGCUUUGCCUUUCCCACAUGAAAACGAAAAGCAGCACUUGGUGGAAAUUUUGUGACCAUUUUGCUGCGCUUAGAAAUUGCGGAAAUACGCGCUGCUGCCUGCCGUUCGAAAGCUAAUAGUCCGCCGAAUCUUUUGCCACUAACCGCGUGAAAAUCCGUGCGCCGCAAGACCUCGAAAAAGUCCACCGAAAAAGGGCCGCCGCUGUGAGUGUGUGUGAGCAACAGAAAAGAAAAAAAAAUGCCCUGCCGCUGGAAGUGAAAAAUGCGCUCGCCAUUUUGACUCGGGCGACACUUAUUUUUUGUACAAGUGCGCUCCCCAUAGUCGUCGCAAUUGUCGUCGUCGUCGUGGUCGUGGUCCGCAUCCGGAUUUGCACACGUGCCCCAGUCCGUGGGUGCAGUACGUCCACCCGCCCACCCACCGCCGUCGCCCCUUUGCAGCUCUAUUUGCCCCGCAGUACACACGUUGCGGCAACGGCACGUAGCACUGCUGUUUCUUUCAGUUUUUGGCGGUCCACCUGGUGAGCGGUAAGUGGCAACAACAACAACAACAGCAGCAAGAUCACUUGAUCUCCAGCGACCAAAAAAUGGCGCAUUCGACAAGCGGUACGGUGAAGGCCGAUGAGGUGAACUUCUUCUUCCGAAAUGAGCACGGACAAAUAUCCAAAAUGCUGAAGCCGGCCCAAACCAGGUCCGAAUUGGAUGGCGGAAAACCCGUGGCUGUGGUUUACGCCACCACCUCAUCCGCGCGCAACAGCGGAAAUGCUAGCGGCAUCGGCAACGUGGGACGUAUGGGCGCCUUUAGUCAGAUGGGCUCCAGUAGUCAGGGGCAGUUUAUUCGGCUGCAGGACAACGGACUGUCCAUUCCAAAAACAGAAGGUACUACCUACACCACCGUUUCGGCGCAGAAAACUUCGAGCGCUGGCAGUGGUCUUUACGACUUGCCCUUGAAGGGAGAUCGCUAUGUGAAGUUUACGCCAAAUCCCAUGAAAAUGAAAUCAAAACUCCAUGCCAUUCAGAGUAACACGUUGCACUCCAUGUCCGCCUCAUCAUCGUCCGUACAAAGGAAACGCAAGCCGGACAAGGCAGGCAAGGGUUUGCGUCACUUCUCGAUGAAGGUCUGCGAAAAGGUGGAGGAGAAGGGCAAAACCACCUACAAUGAGGUGGCCGACGACCUGGUCAGCGAGGAGAUGAAGAACAAUGCGUACGACAACAACUGUGAUCAAAAGAAUAUCCGACGUCGUGUCUACGAUGCGCUCAACGUACUGAUGGCAAUCAAUGUUAUUUCCAAGGACAAGAAGGAGAUUCGCUGGAUAGGACUGCCCGCCAAUUCGGCAGAGACAUUUCUCGCCCUGGAAGAGGAAAACAGUCAGCGCCGCGAGCGAAUCAAACAAAAAAACGAAAUGCUGCGCGAAAUGAUCAUGCAGCAUGUGGCGUUCAAGGGGUUGGUCGAGCGGAACAAGCGGAACGAGAGCCAAGGCGUGGUGCCUUCCCCCAAUGCCUCGAUCCAGCUACCGUUCAUCAUCGUGAACACGCACAAGUCCACGAAAAUCAACUGCAGUGUGACCAACGACAAGUCCGAAUACAUAUUCAAGUUCGACAAAACCUUCGAAAUGCACGAUGACAUUGAGGUGCUUAAGCGCAUGGGAUUCCUUCUGGGACUGGAUAAGGGCGAAUGCACGCCGGAGAACAUUGAACGAGUCAAGUCGUGGGUGCCCCCAAACCUCGCCAAAUAUGUUGAAGCCUACGGCUCUGGCAAGACUGGCGAAACCAUGUACGAAUCGGACGACGAGGACAAUGAGUUCAAUGGGUACCUGGAUGCGGCCAAUGAGUCCCAGGGUUUUGCACAACACUCGGCACAACACACCACCGAUGGCGAGUUUAAGCUGGAGAUGGACGAUGACGAGCUGGACGACGAUAUUGAUUGAGCUGAUUGUGCCGCCGUCAUUGUGCCAGCCAUGGCCGAUGCGGACCCGGAUGCGGAUGGAGGUGCAGAUGCUGAUGCGGAGGACACAUUUAGUUUUACGUUUAUCAACGCUUUGUUAGGUUUGCCACGGCCCCUUGGAUAGGCAGGGGUCGCACUCCACUCCACUCCACACCCAAUCCGACCCACCCACACAAUUGGUUUUGUUUACUUCUCAAUGAGACUCUAUUAAAUUAUACAUAUAUCUCGCAGCGACGAGACAGAAUGAUUCGGUAGUUCAUGUAUGUAAGUGUAGUUUGCAUACACAGUUUGUACUUGUAUCAUUGAAGAUUUAUGUUUAAGCUCAAACGUUUUUAAAAUAAUUUGUCUAGUUAAGCAGAACGCGUAUCUUAGUUCAAACCACAAUUCACAUAUGGCAAUACCGCGAAACCACAGGCCCAGACUAAUGUUUACUCUCUACUUAGUUGUUAUCAGUCUCCCUUUUCCCUUAAUGGCCUUUUCAUGUUUGGGUAGGCUUAAGCAAAAGCGAUAAUGUUAUGGGUAAUUGUCUCUUAAUAAUAUAAUAUACCAAAACUGUACACAACCGCAGUGAAAUGCAAUUAUUUAUAGAAUGCCACGAGCAGUUUGAACUGCAGACAAGAGCGAGCAUAUGAAAUAUGUUUUAUUUGCUAACACCCUUCGACAAAGCGAUUGUUUUAGAUUCUCAAAACCCACAAUUUAAGUUGACAACGGAGUGCAGAUAGUUGCGAAAUAAUCAACCUACCUAAUUAGUAAUAACAAUUAAACAAGAUAUACAUUUUUCAGAAUUUGUAUUUAUAUUAUUGAACCUUCUUCAAGUGAAUACAACAACAUACAAAUACAAAUUAGUAGAAAGUCAAGUAUAAGGCGUUAACAAUUAAGUGUCGAGCAUGUAGUUGUGUAAUAAAUCGAAAUAAUUGCAUGGAUGCAAAAGAAAUUACAAACAAGUGAGACGAAAUCGAACCGAGUGACAAGUUAAUAAAGAAGUAAUUUGCAUAUUGUAAAAUAUGAUAAACCGA